AUGGGUGGUCAAUGCACCGCCAAGGAAUUCACACAAAACCCGCUUUCUUCAAUCCCCAACACGUCCCCUUCCGAGCCAGCGUCUGUCGAAGACUACCUCCAGGACGAUGUUCAGGACGACUUCUCUUUGAAUCCCUCUUCAGAGUCCGACUUGGAAGAUUCAGACAAUAAACCAUCAACUUCCCGGCAGCUGUAUACGUCACGCUCCCAUACCCACCUGCCACCGCAUACGGCUACCACGCUCUUUCCUCCCUUCUACAACAGGCCGCCAACCCCGCUUCCCCCAUCUCCUUCGUUGACAUCCCUCCUCCGGCCUUCGUUCAGCACACAGACGUCGCGUCCCACCACCCCAGACUCGUCGGAUGUUGAUUUGCCCGCGGCCACUGGUACUGCUACGAAUGGGACAAACACGCCGACGUCUACGACGACAAACCUAGCAAGCAUUACUAAGUCGGCACGCCAUGCGCCGAUGGUGCCUCGGGCGUCGCCGAAGGUCCCUACAUACGAGUACUAUGGCUUCGCGCUAUAUCUGGCGAGCUCUGCGGCGUUCUUGAUGUACAUUCUAUGGGCAUACGUUCCCUCUCCUCUACUGCACCAGAUGGGGAUUCACUACUAUCCCAACCGCUGGUGGGCGCUAGCCGUACCUGCAUGGAUGGUGGUAUUCGUCGUGUACAUAUACGUGGCGCUAGCGAGCUAUAACACUAGAUACCUAACAUUGCCACUGAGCAGCUGCGAAAACUUGGCCGAUGAGUGCGCGCAGGUCGCAGUGAUUGAUCGGCGGACCGGGAAGAUAGCACGCGACCGACUAGUCGGAAAAAGUAAGUGGCACGAAAACGACAAAGACGGCAAGGGCCAAAGCAGCUCGAUCUCAGCAAAUCAGUUUAGCGCUUCUGAAGACGUGGAUUGGAAGAGACUUUGGAGCACGGGCACGGAUGCGGUUAUGGAUGUGCCAAUUGGAGGCGUGUGCGAGAUUCUGUAUGGACGGAGUCGCGAGCCAGCAGGAUGA